CGUGCGUAUUGCACAGGACUUCAGUGCGGGAGGCAGCUCCUGGUGAAAGAGACAGUGACGAAGAUGUUACUGACAACGCUGUUUUUAGCAGGCAUCAUUGUUGCUGCAGGCGGUUGGAGAACUGUGCACAAGAUGAUACCAGAAAUUGUCGACGCCAUGGAGACCAAUACCGAGGCCGAGAAGACCUUCAACGAAGGCAAUAAAGCUGAAGUCAUCCUCGCGCGAGAAAGGGCGAGACUGAGCGAGAGAAUCGCAAGUAAAUGUGACAGGAAGCUGAAAUACCGGCCGCUAGAUGGCGUGUGCAACAAUAUUAAGAAUCCAAACUGGGGAGCGCCAUUACAAGCAUUCAGGAGAAUCCUUGACCCCAAAUAUGACGAUGAUAAUGGUAGCCCUCGGUUGUUCGGAGGUAACACAGAGCCCCUCCCUAGCGCCCGGGAGGUCAGCGUGGAGUGUUUCAACCUCGACAGUACGAGUACGCAGGACAGGAUGUUCAGUCAGAUGAUGAUGCAGUGGGGUCAGUUCCUGGACCACGACCUCACGGCGACGCCGAAGACUGACGCCAAAAGCUGUUGCAGCGGAAUGGCAUUGAACGGUGUUCACAGCGACUCUCUCUCUGAUGGCCCCUGUUUCCCCAUCCUUAUACCAGCAGGAGACAGACAGUUCAAGAACUGCAUGGAGUUCAGCCGGUCGAUGCCUCUGGAGACCACGUCAGAGAGCUGUCACCGAGAACAGCUGAACUCCCUCACCGCCUACAUCGACGGCAGCAACGUCUACGGGGGUUCCAAAGAAGAGGCGCUCAAACUCCGAACCCUCAAAUUAGGACAACUGGCGUCUACGAAGAAUGGCCAGCGCCUCCCUAUUACAAACGCAACCACCUGUUUGAAGGGUCCUGGACAUUCCUGCUUUGAUGCUGGUGAUGUUCGAGUGAACGAGUUCCCUGGCCUGACUUCCAUGCACACAGUCUGGAUGCGAGAACACAAUCGAAUUGCGAAGAGGCUGUCCACUGUGAACCGUAAAUGGAACGACGAGACACUGUUUCAGGAAGCACGUCAAAUCGUCAUUGCUAGUAUGCAGCACAUCACCUACAAAGCCUGGCUCCCACAUGUUCUCGGCGAAAUGUACAAACUCUUUGACCUGUCCGGCAAGUACCAGUACAACGCCUCUGUAAACCCCGGCAUCUUCAACAGUUUUGCGGCAGCGGCGUUCAGGUUUGGUCACUCUCAGCUUGCUAGAGAAUACGCUGUAAAGGGCAAAAGAAAAGUGGAGAUACGAAAGAUGUUCUUUGACACCUCGUUUGUGACCAAUGGCUACGAUGACGUUCUCGAUGGACUAAUGACUUGGAGCAGUCAGGCAACCGACAAAGCGUUUACUCAAGGCAUCGUCGAUCACCUGUUUGAAAACACGGUUGAGUCGGGUAUAGGUUUCGAUCUUGUAUCGUUGAACAUUCAAAGAGGACGAGACCACGGAUUGCCCCCAUACUUGGACUUCGUUAACCACAUAUCAAAGGUCCCUGCUGUGAAGAAACUAUUUAGUGAUGAUCUCACGGUACCAAAAUGUGCCUUGGAUCUGUAUAGUUGCGUGAACGAUGUGGAUUUGUUCGUGGGCGGUUUGAGGGAGAAGCCGGUAAAGCGAGGACUGUUGGGACCAACAUUUGGCUUUAUACUGGCUAAACAGUUUGAAAACUUACGCUUGGGGGAUCGAUUCUGGUAUGAGAGAGCUGACAAAGAACGGAUCUUCACUGCAGCGCAGUUAACUGAGAUACGGAGGACGUCGUUAGCACGUGUCAUCUGCGACAACAGCAACGUCAAAGUCCUUCCACGUGAUGUCUUUAAGCGGGCCUCCCGAACGCAGUGUCGUCAUCUGCCAGGGAUUAACCUGUCAAAAUGGAGAAAGUAAUUCUCCUAAAAUGGACAUCGAAAAACAUUGCGAGACAACCGUACCUUUUAACGAAGCUGACCUCGUAACGCUCGUUCUUUGUAAAACUUUCCGCCUUCCUUUGUUCUACAACGAUAUCGAUUAUGACACUAUGAAACCGUCAGAAACUGUCUUCUUUCUGUACACAUGACCUUUUCUGAUUAAAACAAUUCGUCGCAGUUGCA